AUGUCAAAUAGUCAAAAUUAUAAGCUCAUAUCAUCAACAGCAAUGGAGAGACAGUUUGCACAAGAAUUAUCAUUACCUUCUUCUUCAACAGCUGCGAUGUCAACAAUUUCUAAUUUGAAUAAUUAUACAAUUUACAAUACGACAGGAGAACAACAGGCAAAUUCUGCCUAUGCUCAACUAAUUGCCGUACCCUGGGCUGCUCAACCUACUUCUGUUCAAUCAACGCCACCAGAACAAAUAAAACGAGGUCCACGCACAUCACAAGGAACAAAACAGAUCAGUCGUUCUCCAACUAAACAAGCAACAAUUUUAUCAAAACCACUAUCAAAAUCAUCGACAAUAUUACCUCAACCCCAAAAGGCAUUUUUAUUUCCAAAUCAAUUAGUUACAUCAUUAUAUCCCAAAACACAGACAAUUCCCAUAUCUGCUCAAGCUAUGCCUCAACUCAGUAAUUUUCAGACUGCUGUCACUCAACUACCCACACAACAAUCUAUGAAUAAUCCAUCUCAAACUGUCACAACUGUUCGUACAAAUACAUCAGUUGAUAUGCAACAAAUGCAGAGAGAUCAACAACAAACUAGUCUUAUUUCUAAUACGAAUACAAUGAAUGCAUUUUCUUCAACAGCAGCAGCUCAACGAUUGACGAGUAUUGCAAAUUUUCCCGUAACAACAUCAAUAUUGAAUCCAUUAAGUGCUCCAGCAGCAAUGUUUAACCCUGCAUCAACUGUAACUUCAGCAGACAUUCAAACGUCGUCAUCAUUAACUAAAAUAGCAUGGAAAGCCCAAAGAUAUCGUCGUUCCAGCAGUUCGAGUACUUCGAAGAAGAAACGUGGACGACCGAGACUUUACGAACGAGACCCAUUAACAAACAAACCAAUUAGAAGCCGUCCAGUCCACGAAUUGGCAGACAAUUCAAUAUCUUCCACUGGAACUCUUUUAACAACAAAUAGCAACCCUACUGAAUCACUUCUAUUUCCACACAAUGCUGUUCCUCCUGCAACUCAAUUAUCAUGCUUAAAUCCAGCGGUGUUGCAACAAAUUACUUUUCCUACGCUAAUUAACAGUAAUAAUAUAUCGUCAAGUUAUUUAUCGUUCAAUUCUUCUCCAUCAAUCACAGCCCCUACAGCUUCAAAAAUGAAUAUUUUUUCAGCAAACAAUACUAAUUCCAAUCCAGUACCAUUUUUGUAUAAUUUUAAUUAUCCAACAACAACAUCAUGUCAUUCAUUUAUGACUCCGGUCGUAAGCACACCAACAACGACUUUUAAUACACACGAUAAUCAUCUAACAACAACGACAACAACAGUUCCGCUCAAAAAUCUUCAGUUAUCCUCUCCUUCAUUACUUAAUGAGCAUGGUCCUUUGUCAUUAAGUACAGCUUAUUCUCCGUCACUUAUUUCAAAAACGACCACAAUACCAAAUAUUAUUCAACUGGCAUCCAGUGACUCGUCGUUUGUUCAAAAAACUUCUUUAGUAACUGCAACGAAUAAUUCAUCAUCCACAGCAUUUACGACAUCUUCCUCUUCAUCAACAGACAUUGGAAAUAUUAUUCAAAAACAAAAUGAAAAGCCAUCUGCUAUUGUACAUCCAAAUAAUAAUAUAAUAUCACACUAUAUAGAUGGAUUUGUAAUACGAGAAAGUGACUCACCAUUUGUAUCUGAUGGAAAACAUGAUAAUGUGAAUAUCUCGAAGGACAAAGAAAAUAACAGUGAUAUUGGAUCCGACCAGUUAAGAUGUGAUUAUUGUAAAAAACUUGACUUUUUCGAACGAUUUUAUGGUAGCGAGAAAAAGUUUUGUUCACGCGCAUGUUCGACAAAAGUAGCAAAAUUAGUUGAACAAAAACAAUUAGUAAUGAACGGCGAAAAUACAUUAGAAUUAAAGGAAGAUAAAACAGCAUCAAAAAUUCAAAAUGUUAGCGAUCUGAUACUUCGCUUAACUAAAGAUAGUCAUAUAAUUAAACAAAAAUUUUAUGAUAAUGAAAUUAAUGGACGGGCAUUAUUAUUAAUUACACCUGAAAAUUUGAAAGAAGAUUUAAAAAUUAAAUUAGGUCCAUCACUAAUUAUAUCAAAUGAAAUUGAAAAACUACGUCAUCAUGAAGACAAUAUUAUUUAUAAUUCAUAUUUAGAUGCUAGUAAUGGUUUGCCAACUCUUCUGACAGAUUGGACGAUCGAACAUGUUGGCGAAUUUAUCCUUAACUGUACCGGUAAACAACAGAUCAAAGAUAUGUUUUAUAAACAUGAAAUCGAUGGUGAAGCAUUAUUAUUGAUGCAAUAUGUACAUCUCCGACAGUUAGGUAUUAAUCUGGGCCCGACGUUAGUUAUUUUCAGUGAAAUUGAGAAACUUCGUGCUCAUCAUUAA